AUGUUUCAAAUUGGAUUGAGGACAACAAUAAGGACUCCUUUAAGAUCAUCUAUACUAAUACGGAAGAAUACAGGUGCAAUAAAUAUACUAUCUUUGAGAUUAAAAUCAAAUAUACCGUCUUCACCAUCUCAACCAUCAUCACCUAAAAAAUCAAACAAUAAUUACAAUCAAGUUUCAAAUCCUAAUUCUCCUGCCCCAAAAAACCUCCCAUCACAACAAGAAUGGGAAAACCUAAAGUUACAUAUACCUGGAGAAACGGUACAAACUAAUAAACUAAAAGAUAGAGUACCAAUGUGGCCAUUAAGUAAAGAGAAUGUUCCAACUUUAUUACCCAGACCUGGAAUACCACAAGUUGGUAAAAAUUAUACUUUUAAACAAGUUAUAAAAAUAUUACAAAAUAAAAAACAACCGGAGCUUAUAUAUGAAAGUGAACCUCACAAAUUGUAUUUCUUAUUAUGUUUUUGUUUAUCAAUUGUAUUUGCAGUAUAUGCUUGUGUUUUAUUAGAAUGGGCAUUUUGGAUAUCUAAUAAAGAAUUUGAUGAUAAUGAAAAAGAAGAAACUAAUAUGGCUAUAAGAAAUAGAAACUGGGCAUUAUCUUUGGGUUUAUAUUUAUGUCCAUCAAUUAUAAUGUUUGCAGCUGCUUAUGGUGCAAUAAUUUUCCCAACUAAAUUAAUUCGAAGAAUGUGGUACUUACCUGGUCCAAAAGAAUUUAUAAAAUUUUCAACAUAUCCAUUAAUACCGGGUAGACCAACUCCAGUAUAUACAGUUCCAUUAACCAAUUUAUCAAGAAGAAAAACUGCAAGAGUAUGGACAGGUAAAGGAUUUUACGGUACAGCAGAUAAAGGGUUUUUCUUUUUCGUUUUGCAAGAGAAAAUAUCAGCUUUGAAACUGAAAACUUGGAUAGUUGAUAGAAAAGCUUUUUUUUGGUCAGAUGGUAGAGUAUUUGAUUAUUUAUUUGGUAAAGAAACAAUAAAAGAAUCAGAAGCUGGUAUACCAUAUGAUAAACAAAUUGAAAUUAUAAAUAAAAAUUUAAAAUUAAAAAAACAAAAAAUGAAACAAAAGCAUGGAUCAUUUUGGCAUUAUAAAUUAGCAUUUGGAAUGUUUAAAGAUGAUUUAAAAAAAGUUGGAAAUUUUGUUACUGGUAAAAAAACAAUAAGUAAUGAAAAAGGGAACGAUAAACAAUUACCAAAAGAUUAA